UUCAAAGCUUACAUCAUUUGCACUUUAGAAAACCUUUAAGAAAUAACAAUAAAACCACAGAGGUAGCGGCCAGCUCUUCCACCCACUCGACGAUUAUAAAGAGCGGCCUUGCGCGAGGACACAGCCACAUAAUCAAGGCUCUGAGACAAGUGUAACUGUGACGCGUAGAGUGGAGACCCAGUGUUCCGUGUAACGCGCGAAGAUGAAGAGUGUGUAUUCGUUACUUGUGCCCGUCUUGUUGCUACUAAUGAUGAAUUUAUGGCUGUGUCGCUCUUCAAGAUGCAAACAAGGCUCAAACAAACCCACGCCGUCACCGACACCGUGGUGGAUGAUUCCUUGGGAUAGGAGACACUAUAAAAGGCAGAGGGAUACCAUAGAUGAAAAAAGCGUGCUUUUUACGCGCACAACAACGAUGUAUUCCAGAGCAUCGGGCAAACACCUCAGAGUACUGGAGAAUGGUGAAGUGGAUGGAAAGGGAGAAAGAAACGAUAUAUACGCUAAAGUCAUAGUUCAGUCCGUUACGUUUGGUCGGAUCACCAUUCGCGGAAUCAAGUCGAACCGAAUGCUUUGCCUUAACAAGUAUGGCAAACUUGUAGGAAGAAAGAGGAAAGGCGCCCUAGAGAAGCGCAAGAAAUGCAUGUUUGAGGACAUAUUAUUGAAUGGUUAUCAAACGUUUGAAUCGGUGAGAUACCCGUGCUGGUUUGUCGCCAUAAACAAGCGUGGGAGAGCGGUUAAAGGCCAUUUGAGCAUGCGCGGAAAGAGGACUCGUUUCUUUAUGUACGGUCACCUGUAUCGCUCGUUGAGCAGUCGGUCGACACCGAGACGAAGACGAAUGAAGAGGUUAGGACUGCGCACGCGCAAGCAAAAUACUGAGGCGAUGACCAUAAAUCGAGGAAAGAGCAAAAUUAAGCGGGUCAUUUGAUUAUUUUGGAGAUGCAGUUUUGGUGCCUUUUACCUAUUAAUCGGUUUGGCAGGAAAUAAAGGAACCAUUCAAAUGGACUGGGGAAUUCAAGGAAUCCAGACAAAAGACUUUUGGUUAAUGGAAUAGACUACAAAAGGCCAAGGAAAUCUGAGACUCGUAAAUGAACGGUGUAAUUUCAAAGAUAACAAUAUGACAUUUCAAAAUGCUAUAUGAUAUUCUUGCAUAUAUGAAUUCGUUGUGUGAGGAGAUUUAACCCCAUUCCAAACCAAAUUUUUUAUCAUAUGCCUUUACUGAAAUUUCAAAAAGCAUUAGCCAAUAAUGAUUACUGUACAUGGAGAUAGUCUAAGGGAAGAACCAUCAGUGCUUCAAGCUAUGGACUUCGCAUGUAAGGGGACAAUUUUCCAUGUGCCUUUUUCGCAACCUGCUUGGUAUUUAUUUUCGGUAAGCAAGGGAAACGAUAGUCACGUCAAACCUUAAAGUUCGACUUUGGAUCAAAAAUGCAAAAACAGAAUUUGAAUGAACUCCUCAUAAAGAUGCCUAUGGAUGUAAUAAAAUCAUGUUUUUAUUAAAAAAAGGCAAUGAAA